AUGUCUGGCGUCGCCAAUAUGCAAGAGCCCAUCACCAUGGCGAAAGAGAUGACGGUGGAGGGAAACGACAUUCAUAUGGAAAAACUGCCAGACCACGAACAACUCGUGGCACGCAUGAAUGCCCUUGAUCCCCCGGUGACACCGGCAGAGGAGAAACGGGUUAAGCGAAAGAUCGACAUGCGUCUACCACCUUUCCUCCUCGUCUUGUACAUGUUCACGUGGCUGGAUCGUGGAGCGCUGGGCAAUGCCGCACUGAUGGACAUCAAGACUGAUCUCAACAUGUCCGGUGAACAAUUCAGCUUGGCUGUCAGCAUGUUCUUUGUCGGCACUUGCGUAGCGGAUCUGGUCACCAAUAUCGGCAUGCGGUAUGUUCGACCCAGUCGAUACCUUGCGGGGGCGAUGGUUAUCUGGGGUAUCAUGGCUACACUCCAAGCCGUUGCCGGAGGUGCGGGAGGCAUGUAUGCUAUCAGAUUUUUCCUCGGUGUCUUCGAAGCCGCUUUCAUCUCAGGGGCUCCAUAUCUCACAACGGUCCUAUACCCUCACCAGGAAUGGGGCAAACGAAUCUGCGUCUAUCUCUCAGCAACCCCUAUUGCCGGUGCCUUCGGUGGCUGGAUUGCCUAUGGUGUUGCCCACAUCCACAGCCCCAGCAUUGAGAAUUGGCAAAUUCUCUUCAUCCUCGAGGGUCUCCUGACCAUCGUCUUUGGCAUAACCUGCCUCUGGGUCCUCCCCGAUCGUCCACACAACACGAAAUGGCUGACCCCCCGCGAGCGCGACGUGGCGGACUGGCGCAUGAUGCGCGAUGGAAACCGCACUCACGGCAAAAUUCAAUGGAUAGUCGUCCUCCAGCAGCUCAAAGACUGGCGCCUUUGGUUCAACAUCGCCAUCUACAUGUCGCAAGUCAUCUCAACCUACACAAUCGCCACCUUCACCCCCAUCAUCGUGAACACCUUUGGCUUCAAUAAAGUCAAGGCCCAACUUAUGGUGGCACCCCCUUACUGUGUCGCCUUCGUCAUGGUCUUCGUGGUAGGUCAUCUGUCCGACCAUCUCAAAUCCUGCUCCGGCAUCCUCGUCGUCAACGCCAUCAUCGCCGCCGCAGGUGACCUAAUGCUCGUCCUCGUCCCUGCCGAAUACAACAACGUCCGCUACGGGGCCACAUUUCUCAUCAUCACCGGCAUUUUGUCUUCCGUCACGCUCACUCUUGGCAACAUCACCAGCAACUGCUGUGGAGAUAUCAAAAAGGGCAUCGCCACCGGCUUGUACCAGUCCUUUGGCUCCACCAUGGGCAUUGCGACGGGCUAUCUCUUCCCUCAGAAAGAUGGGCCAGCGUACAAGACGGGAUUUUGGACAUUGUUCGCAUGUACGUGCUUCAUGGGUCUGGGCGCUUUGAUCGUAACGAUUAUCAAUGUCCGUGAUAAUCGCAGACGAGAUGCAGCGACCGGAAUCCCGCCUGUGGAUCGUGUGAUUAAUUUCGAUGAGGAUGGGUUGAUGGAACGACAUCCUCAUUGGAGGUGGUAUCCGUAG